AUACAGGAUGAAACUUUAAAAAAAUUAUUUUCAAAUGUGAAAUAUAGUGAAUUUUGAUCUAAGGGCAUUGAGGUAGAUCAUAAUUUCAAAUGUAAUAUAUUUAAGUAAUUAAAAAGCAUAUGCAAAAUUAAAUAUAAUAACAUUUAUAAACAAGUUGCAAUAAAUCUAGAAAGGGAUAAAUUACGAGGCUAUAUUGGGAGUUUUUCACAUUAUAAAUAUAGUGUAUAUGAAGAAAUAGGAAUAGGGCUUAAAAGCGAUUCACUAGAUAAUGAUGUUUAAGCAAAAGUUAAUGAAUUUCUUAAUCUACAAUCUUCACUUACCACAGCACACAGGAUAUAUAGCUUUAAUAAUAAUUCAAGCUAAAUGAAUGAUAAAUAUGAAGAUAAAUUUUCAAAUUAUAAGAGUAUUAUGAAUAGAGAUAUUUUUAAUAAUGUUGGGAUUUCUAUACAUAAAAAAUGUAUCAGUUAUAUAAGUAAUAUAAUUUAAAACAGAAAGAAGUGUUGUAAGGCAUAAAUAUUUGUAUGUUUCUAUUAUAUUUUAAACUGUGAUGAUGAGUUCUAUGCAUUUGUCCCAAAUGAUGCGAGUUGCAAUAAAAUAGAAUGUUUUAAUUCAACUAAAACUGUUGAAGAAAAAUUAGAUUUCAUUGAUUUUGAUCAAGAUUUUUUGGAGACAUUACUUUUUACUAAAUUUCAUAUUAAGAAUAGUAUCGAAAUCGCAGCAUACGUCUUAAGAAGAAAUAUGACUAUACAUCAAUGGUAUGGUAAUAGAUCUUUAAUGGAAAGUCUAAAGACUAUAUCCAUUAUAAACGGAGAAGUAGUUUGCAAGCAUUAAGAAAUUAGGAAUAAUAUGAAUUUUAUUAGUUCAGAAACAAAAAAUAGCUCUUCACCUCCAAAAUAAGACUCAUAUGAUCUUAGAUGGAAAUUAGGCAAAUAUGGAAAACUGAGUUUUCCUACUGAGAAACCAGAGUCAGAUAUAUCUGGUUCUUGAAAAUAUAUGGAAGAAUUGGUAAAAUAAGGCAUUUCUAUAAUUAUAACGAAUUCUGAGGUUUACCGAUUAAAAGAGAAAGGGGUUUUACAUCCUCGAGAAAAAAAAAGAGUUUUAAAAAAAAAGAAAAUUCCAACUUCAAAAGAAUUAGAAAGAUCAGUAUGUGCAAAAGUUGUAAAGAAUAAACAAGUGCUAAUUACUAAUAUUAAAAUUUCAUGUGGAAAACACUUCCUAUCUAAUAUAUUAAAGAAUACUUUUGUUCGUAUUUUUAUUGCAAUAUUUUUG